GUGACCCGCAAAUCGUCAUCAGACUGGAUCCGGAAAGACAGAGGAAGAGAGCACGCAGUCAUGAGGGUCGAUAACCACAGCAGCGGACACAGGCGCGGCGGCGGGGGAGGGCGCCCCACGAGCUACACCUCGAGCCCCCAAGGACGACCGCGCAGACCCUCGACAACGACUCCCGCGGGAGGGGGUGGAGGGGGAGGGGGUGGGGGUGGAAGUCCCUCGUACAGGCGCUCCUUCCACCACAGGGCUCUCGAGAUAGCCGGCCCCGAGAGUCCUAAGGAAUCGGUGUGUCCUCUGGGCCCCCCCUCUUCUUCGUCAUCCUCUUCCGCUUCCUCCGCCUUCGAACACGAGAGAGUAGGUGCCGGUACUGGCGUCGGGGCCAAGGGCGAGCGUGCUUCCGUGGCGGGCCGACCCUCGAACCUCCUGCGCUACAAGACGGAGCUAUGCAGGACCUUCGAGGAGAACGGGCUGUGCAGGUCGGUGUUCCUGUCGUGGUGGUAGUAGACUUUGCUUUUC